CGGGCGUGUGCGCCGCCGCGCCGAGCGUCGUCCGUCCCCGGCGCCCUCGCGCGCGCGGGCGGCGCCGCCGCUCCGCCUCCGCAAGCCACACGCGCCGGCCGGCCGCGCCGCGUCGUCGCAUUCGGCGCGCCGAGGACUCGUCCUCGCCCUCGCGACGAGAUCCGCUCGACCUGUCAUGCUGCCGCAGCAACGGUGGCGGCGCACGCAGAUGCCCGAGAACCAGCGAGAACGCGCGGCAGCAGCCUGAAGGAGGAGGACCAGGCCUCCCCGGCGACGCCGUCGACCGCCGGCGCGGGGGCUGCUCCUCUUCACACCGGCCGCCCCUAGCGCACCGGCUGCCUUCGGCCGCGGGGGCGGUGCGGGCAGCUCGGACGAGGACGGCGCGCCGCUGAUGCUGCGCGC